AUCAUGAACCAUGUGAACGUGAACAUGCAACAUUGUUUAAUUUGUUAUUAGGUCUUAGCUUUGUUAUGUUAAUGGAUAAUUAUUUCAAGGCAGCACAGCACGGUGACCUUGUAUAUUUUAAAACAUUAAAUACAAAUGAAGGCGGAAAACUUUUAACAUUGAACACGCAGUACGACAAAUCGGGUGACACUGCGCUCCACAUAGCAGCUAGAUGUGGCCACUUGACUCUUGUGCAGCAUCUUAUAGACUCUGGCGCCGAUAUAGAAACCUCGAAUCUUGACGGGAAAAGACCCCUCCAUGAGGCAGCUCAAGCUGGUCAGGUUAGCUGUGUGCAGUGCUUACUGAAGGCUGGGGCACAGGUGGACAGUUUAAAGCGGGCAGACUGGACUCCCUUGAUGCUUGCCUGCACCAAAGAUAAUGAAGAUACUAUUAGACUUCUUAUGAAGUUUGGAGCCAAUGUCCACUUAAGAAACAAAGAUGGAUGGACACCAUUUCACAUAGCUUGCAGGGAAGGCCACUUAAACAUUGUUCAGCUCCUGUUUUACCAUGAUGACUCUGUCUGGAAAACUGCCAGUAAGAACAAACGGACCCCUCUACAUACUGCAGCUCUACAUGGCUGUGUUGCUGUUGUCUCAUUUCUUUUGGACAAAGGGAAUUAUCCCCCAGACAGCAAGGACAGUGCUGGGACUACCCCUUUGAUGGAUGCCAUUAGAUCAGGUCAUAAUCAUGUAGCAGAAGCCCUUAUCUCUAGACUAAAGGCCAGUGUUUAUGAAGAGGAUAAUUUUGGAUUACAGCCUCUUCACCUAGCUGCUCAGUCUGGAUGUUUAACCUCUGUCAAGUUUCUGGUGGAAAGAUUAAAUACCAAGGUUGACUCAAGGUCAUCAAAAGGAUUUACAGCCCUAAUUGUGGCUGCAAAGGAGGGUCAGUUAUCAGUGGUGUCCUACCUAGUGUCUUCUGGAUCAGAUGUCAAUCUCACAGACAACAAGGGAAGGACAGCUUUACACAUUGCUGCUGGGGCUCAACAUUCAGACACCUGUGAAUUCCUCCUACAGCAUGGAGCUGUGAUCAAGGCAGACAACUCUGGCACCACACCAGACAUGCUAACCAGGAAACCAGAAGUCUGCAGACUAUUUCAAAAUUAUCAAACUCUAGGAAAAUGAUAGUAAUGAAAGAGAGUGUAUUUAAACAAUAAAAAGAAUGACUGAGGGAAUCAUUAUUUUUUUGUGUGAAUUUCUUGGAUAUGACAAGAUUUUAUACAACAUAAAAAAUAAUGAACUUUUCACAUCCAAUAGGAAAAUUAAUACAUGUUAAAUUUAAAUGUUUUAUUUGAUAUUCCUGAAAUACAAAAUAUUUAAUUUC